AUCCUGCUGUCCCCGUGCUCCAGGAGUUCCCUGUGCCUCUCACCAGCUCUGUCUCUGCCCCAGGUCGUGCGCAGCCGCCUGCAGCAGAAGGGAGUCGCCGUGCACGACGUCAGGCUGAACGGCUCGGCAGCCAGCCACGUGCUGCACCAGGACAGCGGCCUGGGCUACAAGGACCUGGACCUCAUCUUCGGGGUGGACCUGCAGAGCGAAGACGUUUUCCAGCUGGUGAAGGAUGUGGUCAUGGAUUGCCUGCUGGACUUCCUCCCCGAAGGCGUCAACAAGGACAAGAUCACGCCCAUGACCCUGAAGGAGGCCUACGUGCAGAAGCUGGUGAAGGUGUGCAACGAGAGCGACCGCUGGAGCCUCAUCUCGCUGUCCAACAACAGCGGCAAGAACGUCGAGCUCAAGUUCGUGGAUUCCCUGCGGCGCCAGUUCGAGUUCAGCGUGGACUCCUUCCAGAUCAUCCUGGACUCGCUGCUGCUCUUCGGGGAGUGCUCGGAGAACCCCAUGGCCGAGAGCUUCCACCCCACGGUGACCGGGGAGAGCAUGUACGGCGACUUCCAGGAGGCCAUGGAGCACCUGCGCGGCCGCGUCAUCGCCACGCGCAGCCCCGAGGAGAUCCGCGGCGGGGGCCUCCUCAAGUACUGCAACCUCCUGGUGCGGGGCUUCAAGCCCAAGUCGGAGGUGGACAUGAAGGCCCUGCAGAGGUACAUGUGCUCCAGGUUCUUCAUCGACUUCCCGGACAUCGGCGAGCAGCUGCGCAAGCUGGAGGGCUACCUGCAGAGCCACUUCGUGGGCAUGGAGAGCAGCAGGUACGACUACCUGAUGACCCUGCACAGGGUGGUCAACGAGAGCACGGUCUGCCUCAUGGGACACGAGAGGAGGCAGACCCUGAACCUCAUUGCCAUGCUGGCUGUCAGGGUCCUGGCUGAGCAGAACAUCAUCCCCACCGUCACAAACGUUACCUGCUACUACCAGCCAGCCCCUUACGUCAGUGAAAUAAACUUCAACUACUACGUGACCCACGUGCAGCCCUUCCUGCCUUGCAACCAGUCCUACCCCACGUGGCUGCCCUGUAACUGAGCCAGGACCAGCUCCAGGGUCUGUCCUCCAAGGUAUUUCCUUGCCUUGGGGGCGGGUUGGGAGGGUGGGCAGGGGAAACAAAAUAAAAACCUCCCCACCUUCCCAGAACUGCGACAAAAGGAAACUUCCUGGACUCUUGCUUGAGUGUCUCGUUCCUGGGGUUGUUGGAGCGAGGCUUGUCUGCUGUACACUGUGAUGGGAAGUGCAGUGUUCUGGAAAUGACUCCUUGUGGAAUUGUGGAGGCAGUGGGUGGGGUGUGUGAGGGGAGACUGUAGAAUUACGCUAAGGUAGAGCUGCACUGCCCUGAAAUGGAUCUGAAUUGUGGGGUUUUUUUUUUUGUUUUUUGGUUUUUUUUAGUGCAGGAGGUGUUAUGGGUGUGCAAACUUGUGGUUUCUGCCGAGAGAAGCCAGAGUGGCUAAUUCCUUUGAAGGACCAAAGAAUCCUGUUUAAGUGCCUGUAACAAUAGAAACACAACUGUACUGUAAACCUUUAUUAUUUUUUGCGGAGGCUGACGGCCCAGAGCCUGAGUGGGGAAUGUCUGGAGAGGAAAAUGUUUCUGUUGUGGGUGGGGAGGGUCGCAAGAUCAUUUCUUAUCCUGGCUGAGGCCAGAGCAGGUUCUGCGUGGCUGAGGGGUUUGGGCAUGACUUGCUGCCUGUGAGCCAAGAGCUGCCUGAGUGGGGCUGCAUAGCCCGGGGGGUUGGGAUGGCUGGAACUGGGAGCACUGGGGAGGGGGGGAGUGAUGCUGGAAAAUGCUGUGCAGAGCUGGCUGGGCAAAAAGGCAGCAGGGACCUACACUUGGAUUUCUUCAAGCUCCCAAGUCUUCAGUGCCAAAAUAUAGUUGAGUUCCUAAAUGAUGAGGCAGGUGAUUUGUCCAGAAGCCUGCCCCAGGCUGCCAUACCUAAUCCUGUCUUUUCUAGGGGAAUUUGAAAUGCUGCUCUUCCGAUUUUUUUUUUUUUGUUGUUGUUGUUGUUUUGGUUUUUUGUGUUUUUUUUUUGUUUUUUUGACAUGCAGUGAUUUUAAUGCACAAAGCCAGAGGCCAGCUGGGCUCUUGGGGAAGGUGAGGCUUGUCCUUUGAAGCACAAACCAUCCAGGUCACUGGUCAGUCAUUUCCAGCUGUCACUGUGUCCUCCAGGAUCUCUUCCAUGCUGGAAACCAUCCCUUGGGCAGGUCCUGUCUCCAGAGCAGAGUCCCCAGCUGUGAUUCCCUGUGUGAUAGCUUUUGAAAUUCAUCCUCUAGCUAGAAAUGGAGCCUGGGGGAGGAAGGGGGUGUGAAGUUAGUUUGCCUUGGGGGAAAAAAAUGUCUAAUAAACAGACCCUGUUGUGUUUUGAGGGUUUGGCUCUCAGUCCCGUGUGGCUUUGGAGUUGUUGGGUGUCCAGAGCUCAGAGUUUUUGUGGAGGUGCUGCUGUGCCCUCAGCCACCUCAGCUGGGUGACAGAGUGCAGGGAGGCAGAGGGGGAGGCUGCAGGAAUGAGUUCAUUCAUCCCCUGGGAUGCUGCUCCAGGGUCACCACAGCUUCCUGGUGCUUCCUGCCAGGCUGAUGCUCGAGUACCUUUACUAAUCUGUGGGGUUUUGUUUUUUUGGGUUUUUUUUUGUUGUUUUUUUUUUUUUUUUUUUUCAAAACUGUAAUAGCUGGGCAGAUUGAAAUAAAGACUAGAUCCUUGGAAUGUGCACAGCCAGAUUGGUACCUUUUUUGGGGUAGGGGCAACGUGGGUGGGGGGUGGCUCUGGCACCUGGCAUGAGCUGGCCCAGCCCUGCUCCCUCCCAUAAGAGCUGGGCGAGUGUCGCUGGCCCUGUGGCCACUGCAGGUUUUGGCUGCCUCCCUGCAACACAGCUCUGCCUUCAUGGCCAAGUCCCCCACACUCCCUGUGCUGGGAGCUUGGGAUUUCCAGUGCAAGAGAAAACUGAUUUAAGGGCUGCUUUUGGGAGCCCCAGUGUGCCACUUCCGUGGCUUCAAGGAAGAUGAGGUUUUUUUCUUUUCCCUUGCAUUUUGAACUGAGCAUAGAUGCCCUGCAGCAGGUUUUUUACAGUCUGCUCCUACCCACAGACACACCAAAUGGAGAUUCCCUCCUUCCUGCCCUUUGAGAUGCCCAGAAAGAUCCCCUACAGCCACCAGCUCGACAGGGCGACCUCCCAUUGAGAUUGCACUUUGGAUUUAUGAGUGUGUGUGGUGGGACUCUUGUGGAUGGGUUGAACCUGAAUUUUUCUAGACCUUGCAGUGAUACUGUGCUGCCUCCUGUGAGGGGGCAAUUGGAAGAUUCCAGUAGCUUGAAUGGCACUUGAUUUCUUUUUUUUUUUUUCUGUGUUUUGUUUGUUUUAAAUGUCUUUUUUUUUUUUUCCUACACCUGUAUCACUUGUCAUGCGAUGGGCUUGACAUAGACUCACUAGAUUCUUUAGAAUCUGUUACGAAUAAAUACAGUGUAUUCAAAUUUGUUGGGUUAUUUUUAUUUGCUUGUCCAUGUGGGUAGUGUGAUGAGAUGACCCUGACCUUGCUGCCACCAAAAACCAGGCUGGGAACUGGCUGGGCACCUUGACAGGGGCGAGCUGAGACCCUGCUUGGACCUGCCCAGGUGCUCCCCAGGCCAGAGCAGCUCUGAGCCCUGGGCAGUGCCACAGAUGAGGCCCCUGAGGUGGGGGUGGCACCAGGAUCCCCUCCCUGCUGCUUUUCCCUGCUUCUGUUCCUGCUGUUGGAGCUGCAGCAGCUGAGCCUUGGCUCUGUGAGCCGCCUGCAGAGUGGCUCCUCCUGGAGAAGGAGGGGCUGGGGAGGGUUUCUGUCCCGGGAGGAGCUGGGUGCUGGUGCUGGGGCUGGUGCUCAGGCACAUUCCCAGGGCAGGGCUGGCAGCGGGUGCAGCUCCUCCAGCCCUGGCUGCCCUCCAGCCUGAGAUGAAGUUUCACUUUCCCCUGUCAAGCUCCAGGCAGUUCUAGUUCCACUGCAACAAUGGAGCUGAUGAUGUGCCAGUCCCUCUUUGGGACAGACUUGAUGGCUCUGCACCUCCAAAUUUUCACAGUCCAGGGCCAGAGCUUCCCUCUGGCAACAGGGCUGGGAUGUUCUUGCUGGGCUGGCACUGCCAGGGUCCCUGUCCCUGCCUUUUGCAGGGCUUCUUUCUGUCCAAACCUGCUGGGGUUGGAGACAUUUCCCUCUUUCUGGCACAAACCCAGCACGAUCUCCUGCCUUUUCCAAGUGUGUCUCACAUACAGCAGCAGCUCUGAAGUCUCUGAGUCUCUCAGCUGUCUUUGUGUGGGUGGCUGGUCCUGCUGCUGGUGUGUGGUGAAUAAGCUGCCUCUGGAUUUGUGACCCUGAGCAGAGCAAAUAAAGCCCUGACAGCGUCGGCUGGGCAUUGUUGGAGUGGAUCAGAGCAUACAAAGGGAUGUUGGUGGAAAGUACUCGUUGUGAUCAGAAAGGAGCAAUCAAUGUUUACAGCCGAGA